CGAGCGAAGAAGAGGGAGCGCGCGUGAGGCGGGCGGAGGUAACUCCAUGCAGAGGAGGGGCGCGCUUGUCUGUACCUGCGUAAAGUGCGUAAAACCCCCGCUCCGCUCCCCCGCCUCCACUGAAGCCUGUUGGGUGAAGUGUGGUCGGACCGAGCGCUCCUCUCUGUCUCCAUCCAGGAAGACGAGCCGCCGGAGAAAGUCAUGGAGCGAGGAGGAGAUUUAAAAAGAAGCUAGCGCGCUCAGCCCCGCGGAGAGAACACCACUGACGCCCCGCAGAGACAGAAGAAGUGUCAGCGCAGGAAAGAGGAACAGGAUGGGGAUGGAUCUCAGCACCCUCCGGACCCUCAUCAGCAGAUACUGUGUUGGUGAGGAGAACUGGGUGGACAACAGGACCAUCUACAUCGGACAAAAGGAGCCUCCUCCUGGCACUGAGGCCUUCAUACAGCAAAGAUUCCCAGACAACAGAAUAGUCUCAUCCAAGUACACAUUUUGGAACUUUGUACCAAAGAAUAUGUUCGAGCAGUUCAGGAGAGUGGCCAACUUCUACUUUCUCAUCAUAUUUCUGGUCCAGUUGAUCAUCGACACACCCACCAGUCCCAUCACCAGUGGGCUGCCACUCUUCUUUGUGAUCACAGUCACGGCCAUUAAACAGGGUUAUGAGGACUGGUUGAGACACAAAGCAGACAACGCUGUCAACCAGUGUCCUGUCCACGUGGUGCAGCAUGGGAAAGUGGUCCGCAAACAAAGUCGCAAGCUCAGGGUUGGAGAUGUCGUCUCAGUGAAAGAAAAUGAAUCUUUUCCUUGUGACCUUAUACUUCUCGCCUCGUCUCGAGAUGACGGGACCUGCUUUGUUACAACAGCUAGUCUGGAUGGGGAGAGCAGCCACAAGACAUACUAUGCAGUUCAGGACACCAAAGCUUACAACACAGAAAAGGAGGUGGACUCCAUUCACGCCACAAUAGAAUGUGAACAACCACAGCCAGACCUGUACAAAUUUGUGGGACGUAUCAACAUCUACAUGGAGAACGAGCCAGUGGCCAGGCCUUUAGGAUCAGAGAACCUGCUGCUCAGAGGGGCCACACUCAAGAACACAGAGUACAUCUAUGCGGUUGCCAUCUACACUGGCAUGGAAACCAAGAUGGCUCUCAACUACCAGUCCAAGUCUCAGAAGCGCUCUGCAGUAGAAAAGUCAAUGAAUGCCUACCUGGUGGUCUACCUGUGCAUUCUCAUCAGCAAGGCCCUCAUCAACACCGCCCUGAAGUACGUGUGGCAGGCCGAUCCCAACAGAGACGAGCCGUGGUACAACGAGAGGACGGACACAGAGAGGCAGAGGCACAUCGUGAUCAGGGCGUUCACAGACUUCCUGGCUUUCAUGGUUCUCUUCAACUACAUCAUCCCUGUUUCCAUGUACGUCACCGUGGAGAUGCAGAAGUUCCUGGGUUCCUAUUUCAUCAUGUGGGACGACGAGAUGUUUGAUGAGGAGCUGGGGGAGCGAGCGGUGGUCAACACGUCAGACCUGAACGAGGAGCUGGGACAGGUGGAGUAUGUGUUUACCGACAAGACUGGGACUCUGACAGAGAACAACAUGGAGUUCAUUGAGUGCUGUGUGGACGGACACGUUUAUGUGCCUCAUGCCAUCUGUAAUGGACAGGUGAUGCCUGGUGCUGUUGGUAUGGACAUGAUCGACACAUCGCCAGGUCCCGGAGCCAGGGAGCAUGAGGAGCUGUUUUUCCGGGCGCUGUGUUUGUGCCACACGGUGCAGGUGAAGGAGGAGGAGACAGUGGAUGGGAUCAAGCAUGGAAUCCACCAGGGCAAGUCCACCUCCUUCUACAUCUCCUCAUCACCAGAUGAGGUGGCGCUGGUGGAGGGAAUGAAGAGGCUCGGUUUCACCUAUCUGAGACUCAAAGACAGUCACAUGGAGAUCUUGAACAGGGAGGAUGAGAUUGAGAGGUUCGAGCUGCUGGAGGUUUUAACAUUUGACUCAGUCAGACGGAGGAUGAGCGUCAUUGUCAGAGCUGGCACUGGUGAGCUCUAUCUGUUCUGCAAAGGUGCGGACUCCUCCAUCUUCCCUCGGGUUGUCUCAGGCAAGGUGGAUCAGGUUAGAGCUCGGGUGGAGCGCAACGCAGUGGAGGGUCUGCGGACGCUUUGUGUUGCCUAUAGGCCUUUGAGCCCUGAACAGUACCAGGAGCUUUGCCACUUGCUGAACGGGGCCAAGUUGGCGCUACAGGACCGUGACAAACGACUGGCUGAGGCCUAUGACAUGAUAGAGAAAGACCUGAUACUCCUGGGAGCCACCGCUGUGGAGGACAGGCUCCAGGAACAAGCAGCGGACACCAUCGAGUCUCUCCACAAGGCCGGCAUGAAGGUGUGGGUGCUGACAGGCGAUAAGAUGGAGACGGCGGCUGCAACCUGCUACGCAAGCAAGCUCUUCCAUCGCAACACCCAGAUCCUGGAGCUGACCACCAAGCGCACAGAGGAGCAGAGCCUGCAUGACGUCCUGUUUGACCUGAGGAGGACGGUCCUGAUGCAGCACGGAGGCAUGACCAGGGACACUUUCUCUGGUUUAUCAGGUGACUGUACUGACUUUGGUCUGAUCAUUGACGGGGCCACCCUCUCUGCGGUGAUGAGGCCCAGCCAGGAGGACUCAAACUCAGGGAACUACAAAGAGAUCUUCCUAGAAAUUUGCCGCAACUGCAGCGCUGUGCUCUGCUGUCGAAUGGCGCCGCUCCAGAAAGCACAGAUCGUGAAGAUGAUCAAAACCUCUGAAGAGCAUCCGAUCACACUGGCGAUUGGAGAUGGAGCGAAUGAUGUCAGCAUGAUCCUGGAAGCCCAUGUUGGCAUUGGUAUUAUGGGUAAAGAAGGUCGUCAGGCUGUGAGGAAUAGUGACUACGCCAUUCCGAAGUUCAAACACCUCAAGAAGAUGCUGCUUGUCCACGGACACUAUUACUACAUACGCAUCUCCGAACUAGUGCAAUACUUCUUCUACAAGAAUGUCUGCUUCAUCUUCCCCCAGUUCCUUUACCAGUUCUUCUGUGGCUUCUCACAACAGCCGCUGUAUGAUACAGCCUACUUGACUCUGUACAACAUCAGCUUCACCUCGCUGCCCAUUCUGCUCUACAGUCUCAUAGAGCAGCACAUUAACAUAGAAAUCCUGAAGAAGGACCCAUCGCUGUAUAGAGAUAUUGCUAAGAACUCUUUGCUGCGAUGGCCCAUCUUCAUAUAUUGGACCAUCCUGGGUGUAUAUGACGCCAUAGUGAUGUUCUUUGGUGCUUACUUUCUGUUUGACAACACCACCUUCACAAGCAACGGACAGAUGUUUGGAAACUGGACAUUUGGCACGCUGGUCUUCACUGUACUCGUCUUCACUGUCACAUUCAAGUUGGCUCUAGAUACUCAUUACUGGACCUGGAUCAACCACUUUGUCAUCUGGGGCUCGCUGACCUUCUUCGUGGUCUUCUCUCUGCUGUGGGGAGGAAUCAUCUGGCCCUUCCUCAACUACCAGAGGAUGUACUAUGUGUUCAUGCAGAUGCUGUCCAGUGGUCCGGCCUGGCUCAGUAUCAUCCUGCUGAUAACAGCCAGUCUGUUGCCAGAUGUGGUUAAGAAGGUGAUCUGGAGGGCGCUGUGGCCCACCACUACUGAACGCAUACAGAAUGCUGAUAAACUCUAUAAGGGCCACCUGUCAGAGUUCACCCCCCUGGCGUCUCUCCACGCCCCACCCAAGGCUGGCGGCCACCGUCGAGGCUCGGGACAACAAAGGAGCGCUGCGCACCCUCGAAGGUCUGAACCCUUUAACAAGAAAGUCAUGUUCACACGCUGGCAAAGAAAGCCAGACUAUAGCACCUUCACCCCACUCCUCCGAUUCACAGACGGCUCCCGCCACAUGAUUCAGGGACAUGGCUACGGCGAGGCGGGGCCUGAGACCUCAGUCUAAUUUAUUUCUCGUUAGUACUUUAUUUUUGACAUCGGAUAUAUUUGGAGCUGAACUGAACAAAUGUCCCUGAGGACAGUACGUGACUAAGUGUUACUGAGCUGGACCAUGUUGCUAUAGCAUCUGUAAUCCAUCUCUUAGAGAUUACAGUGAACCUUUAGAACUUCUUAGCCAAGUGUGGCGCAAAGCACUAUGGGACGACUCUGGAAAGGACUCCAACCACUGGGGCCUCAUGACGUGCAAAGGGCUCAGCGUACUGAUGUCACGGCAAAACACUUUGAUUACAUGAGACUGGAAAUAUGAACACUGGCCCUUUACACCUGUGUGCUGCUGACAGCAGGCAGCUGAGAUGUACUUCUGGGAUUUACAUGACUCAUUUAGAUGUGUUGUGAUUCUGCAGAUGAUGAUGAUGAUGGUGCUUUCUCAGCAUUUGCUUUCUCUGACCAACCAUUUUCUUUUCUUCAAUUCCUGCCAUCUCUCUCUCUCUGUCCAUCUGUCCAUCUGUUCUUCCUCUCUAUAGGACUAACUGGUGUUGCCUGUGUGCAAACUUAUUAUCCCGAAACACUCCGUAGGACUCUGGGGUCAGAUCCUCCAGCGCUGUAAGGAAGGGUGCAGUACAGAAGCUGUUAGUGUUUGUAAAGUGCAUCUGAGUUGGUCUUCUCCUCAUUUAUUAGAUUCAUUGUGUCUUAAAGGGAGAAAGACCAACUUCAGCUGCACUUGCAGACUCUUGUGUAGGUAGAGUGUCCGGUGGGAUAGAUACUUGUGUGUUUGCUGAUAGCUAGAGGUUGUGUUAGUGUCUGUGCUGUUUUCAUUCCUUCUCCCAUCGUCUUUGAAGCACUUUAACAUAUAUUUAUCUAUAAUGCUGAGAGAUUAAACGCUGAAGUCUUUUAUGCCUUAUUAUUUAUUUUAUUGAUAGAAUCCAGUAGAAAUGGCUUCGUCUCAACCUAAUGCCUUAAUGUCAUCAUGUAAAUACCAGAGAUAUUGAACCAAAGAACCACAAGAGAAAACAAAGUUAGACGUCCUCUAACCGAAGCUGUUUUUAGACAUGAAAUCCAUAAAAUUAGGUGCGGUCAUUUCCCGGAGUUUGACUUUGACAUACAAAGAGCGCAGAAGGGGAUAGUCCGGGUCAGACGCUGAGCAGCUCUCUAAUCUCAUUAGUUAACAUCUUCGCCUGCAUCAUGUUUGUGUUCACUCUCUUGAGAUAUUUGGAUUUUCCCAGUUUUGUGUCCAUCGCAUUUUAGACACAUGCUCCAAACUUCUUGAUGCCUUAGAUUCAUAUUAAAGCUGUAUUUCUGUGAUAUGUUCAUCAGAAGUUUAGCCAUUUAAUACGGAGGACGCACAUCCAGCCCUUCCAUCCAGGUCUUAUUUAUUUGUAUUCUGUCAUACACAACCCACACAUCAUAGAAUUUUCACAAACAAUAAGAAAAAACAAGAUCAUGCAAUCCAACAUGUAGAAACAAAAUUAUAAAAUUAAACGAAUACAGUUUUAUGUACAAAAUAUGACACAGUUUAUUGAAUAUAUUACCAUAGUGGUCUUUAUUGUGAUCCCACUGUCUCAUACUUUCUUUUAAAGGCAGUUUCAUGUCCACAAUUCAGCGUACAGUCACUAAAACCUCUGUUCCUCGUAUAGAGUAAAACAGAAAACAAUGCUGUGUUUUCAGCGUGACUUCUCAUUCAGACUUGGACUUGCUCGGUCUUUGUAACGUUUGCCUGAAUGAGGUGUUUACACCUUUUGAGAUGAAAAGAGCGACACAAUAUAGAAACAUUUAUGGCACCACCAGCGGCUGGUUAGCUUAGAUUAGCACAAAGACAAAACGGGUGAACACAUGUAGCCUGGCUUCAGGUUGAAUCACACCUCUAAACCUCACUAAUAAGCACAUUCAUCUAAUAAAUGAUUAUGGAGGGAAAUAUGUAGAAAUUCAGUUUGGUUGUCAUCACACUACUUUUAAUUAAUGAGGUAUAGACUGAUGCUCUUAAAGGCUCUUAAAGAUGGACUUACAGAGGGAAUGACACUUUCUACCUUCACAUUCUGGUUUCCUGUUUGAAAACGUAUCCUCUCUGUCUUUCUUUCUAGCUAUCUCUCCUCUUUUUCUACCUUUCUCUCAUUCUGCUGAAGCGACGUGGACGUUUUCUCACCUCCAUCCGUGCUCCUCAUCACCCGCUUCCUCCAUCGGUCUGUCCAUCCAUCUGUCUACACGUCCAUCAUGAGACGGAUUAGAAAUCGUUUUGUACUCGACUUUUAAUAGUUCUCAUAUGAACCAAAGCCUUGUUGCUGCUAGAAAUCCUCGUAGCUGCUUUACAUUAGGUGCCUUGUGAUAGUGAACUGUCUUCGCUCGCUUUUAUGAUGAAUUCUACUACUUAUAAUCAGCGAUUGGAUGGAAAGGCACUGCAGAUAACGGAUUUAUGGAAGAGAAUCUAAGAAAAGGUGAAAUGCCGCAUUGAAAUAUGAUUGGUAUGCGAUCAAUGAACAAAUUAAUCAGCACUUGCACCAAAAACAUUCAACAACAAUCGAUGUUCAAUAUCUGUUUUUUUAUGUUUUUAUUCCAGUUGUUUUGUAUAUGACCACGGGGCAUUUUGUCUCUGAAAUGUUAUUUCUACUGUUUUCAUUAAUGUAUAAAGUUUAAAAUUCCCCAUCACCACAUUAAGACAGAGUAAGUGGUCCGAGCACAUUGGAUAUCAGAUAUCAGCCCAAUGGUGUUUUUUAUUUAAAGACACUGAAAAAUUGCUUCAGCUCUGCUUGAUUGAUCAACUGCUGUUGAUCGGUGACACGAACUGGAAUUUGUUUUGAGUAUAUGUUCUGUGUUUUUUUACUUUAAUGUCUGACUCCUAUGGAAGAGUAAUAUAUUCAAUGGAGAAAUAAAAUUCGCUCCGUUUAUCUGAAUUGAUGAGAUCAAAAUCAUCCUUGUAUACUUUCCGUCUGAAGAGUCCCACAGUCCUGUGCCUGUGCAAAGUCGACAAACUACUCUUACUUCAAGACACAAGCAGCUCCCAGUGUCCUAAUCCUAUUUACAUUUUAAACUUUUCUCAGAAUUCUGACAUAAACAUCUUGUUAAUUGAGAAAAACGGAGCAGAUUUUUUUUUGUAUUGCACUCACUUCAGCAGACAUAAGUUUUUUGACAGAAAUUUAAAUAUAAAAAUGAACAGCAAAGCAAUAUCAUCAAUAUAUAUUACAAAUGAAACAAUAUUUCUGAAAAGAGACAAAUCCAAACUUACUAACGGUAGUUCUUAAAAUACUUUUAUUUCUGUAAUGUGGUUGAACUGAGCCUUAAUGUUCUCAGGAUUACGAAUGUAAACAUGUAAUCAAAGAUCCUCCUCCUGCUGGUGUUUGUGUGGAUGUAAAUUGGGCUUUGACACAUUCAGAUUAUCGUAGAGAGCUUUUUGUCAGACCGUGCCAGUAUUUAAUAUCCUAAAAACUGUUUUCCCACCGGAAUCCAGAAUAAUAAGUAUGAGUAUCUGCACUUAGAGGCACUCUGGAGUCUUUUAAAGAAUCAUCCGAGGAACUGAAUCAGUGCCAUGAGCCUCUUUUCCAUUCAGUCAGGCCCAUCUCAAAACUGUUACAGAAAAGGAAUAUCAAGAGCUUUUUGUAGGCUCUGUGUUCCACGUCCCACGAGGCUUUGGUCCUUCUUAUUAUUUCUGGAGACCGCAUUUGACGCUUGUCUUAUUUUGUGUAGAAGCGUAUUCAAACAACCCUGCACACGUAGCUCUAAAAUGAGUAUUACAAAAAGACAAAAGAUAUUUCCGUGGUGUCCGCUCAGAUCCCUGCACUGAACCGUCUUCUUCUGAUGAUUGACACGUCUCUGUAGAAAUCUUUCAAAGCUAUUUAAUGGUGGAUUUAAGGUCUUUACUGUACUGAUCACUGUCUGUCCAGAUCUUUCAACACCACUGAAACUGACAGCCUUCAAACCGAAUGUUAUCCUGUCUCUUUUACAAUGUAUUAUUGUGUCGUGUUCUGUAUGUCUCCUAACCAAACAGUAUCUAUAACUGCUGUACACACACUGAUACGGUUUAAAUAUAUAUAUAUAUAUAAAUAUAUAUAUAUAAAGAUAUAAAUGUAGUUAUGUUAAUUGAUGUACAGUUUUGGGGUCUUUUUGUAUACAGUUUUUAAACAGAGUCAUAUCAAGAUUUACUUGUGGAUUUUUGCCAACCUUUCUGUAGCUAUCGACGGCAAACAGCUGUACAUGUGCUUAAGAAUAAAAGCCAGAGGUGGAAAUAUUA